AAACUUAUUAUUUUAUAAUACUGACCAAACGAGUUUUGCUUGGUGACGUCAUACGCGCAUGCGCUUGAAUGAUGGGCGGAGUCAAGCAAUCGGUCAGGAAGAGGAGGAAAGGCAGACGCAGAAACAUCAAGUGAUGGCUGCUAUUAGAAAAAAGUUGGUCAUAGUUGGAGAUGGAGCAUGUGGAAAGACCUGUCUGCUGAUCGUCUUCAGUAAGGACCAGUUCCCGGAGGUCUACGUCCCCACAGUGUUUGAGAACUAUGUGGCCGACAUUGAAGUAGAUGGAAAACAGGUCGAACUAGCACUUUGGGACACAGCCGGUCAAGAAGACUAUGACCGACUGAGGCCUCUGUCCUACCCUGACACUGAUGUUAUUCUUAUGUGUUUCUCUGUAGACAGUCCCGACAGUUUAGAGAACAUUCCAGAAAAGUGGACGCCAGAAGUGAAACAUUUCUGCCCAAAUGUUCCCAUCAUCCUUGUGGGUAAUAAAAAAGAUCUGCGCAAUGACGACCACACCAGACGAGAGCUGGCAAAAAUGAAACAGGAGCCAGUUAGAUAUGAAGAUGGCAAAGAAAUGGCAAACCGCAUUUGUGCCUACGGCUACCAGGAGUGCUCUGCCAAAACCAAAGAUGGCGUGCGGGAAGUCUUUGAGAUGGCAACUCGAGCCGCGUUGCAGGCCAAGAAGAAGAAGAAGUCGGGCUGCAUUCUGCUAUAGACCGCGCCGCAACUGAAAGUUACCCUUUUAAUACAGAUGCGGAGCUUGCGUUGAGAAUUUGAUCUUGGGGAGGGCCCAAAACAAACUUGUACGGAUGCUCAAUUUCCGAUCACCCAUCGCUCAUCAGCAAGCUCAGGCAGAUUUGCCGAAAAUUGAUAGACAUUGAAACCUUAGUCCCCGGUCUGUGUGUGUGUGUGUGUGUGUGUGUGUGUGUGUGUGUGUGUGUGUGUGUGUGUGUGUAUAUAUAUAUAUACAUAUAUACAUAUAUACAUAUAUAUAUAUAUAUAUAUAUAUAUAUAUAUACACACACACUAAUUAUCUUGGGUCUAAUGAGAACUUUUAAGGAGUCAAAUGGACGUAUGGGGACGGAGGGGUUAAGUACAUUAAUCGGGGGUUCAAAUGUGCCAUGACAUAAUUGAAGAGGUCUACCAGCCCAAAGUUAACAGACAUCUGACAGGUAAAUAAGUGAUGUUUUAAGUAAAAACAAUGUCAACUUGUUUUUAAUGAUAGUGUCACCUACACAUCGUGCCUUGAGAGCAGGAGUAAGAGGAGAGGAAAACGUAGAGAACUUGGAUUUGUAGUGUCGUGUUUUACCCGUUAUUGUUAGCCUUUGUUCUCACUCGGGCGCUAUUCAGGGGGAGGCUUAAACCGAAUUGGAUGACAGCGAAAGAAAAAAACUGCAACUAAACAGUAGUGUGUAUUGAGUUUAUGGCUAUAUGGUGCAUCAUUUUCUCCAGUGCAGGUCUGCAUGCAGUGAAUGUGUGCAUUGUUCUGUUGUCUAGUGCGUGGAAAUGCAUUUUGUGACACUGACCCUAAAGCCCUUCUUUCCAUGCCAAAGUUACUCCUGAAAGCCAUAUUUUGUGGUGCCGGAUGGUCUAGCAAUUAACAGCCUCUUAAGAGUGAUAUUCAAACCCCCCACUUGAUGAAAGACAGUAUACAGUACAUAAACUAGAGGUGCAAUCAGGUUAAUUAUCUUGUGACUUUUAGGACCUUUGUGUGUGCGCCAGACUUACGAUUUGAUUGUUUUAGUCAGUGGUUAAAAUCACGAGUGGGUGCGGUUAAUAAAUGGAAUAUUAUUUUAUAAAGAUCAUUUUCAUACAAUAAAUUUUAAGCUGUACUGUAUUGUCAAUGUCCUUCCAAGGCCUUGUAAGGACAUUUUAAUGAUGCGUCUACUUUUGACUAUCGGAAUCCUUUGUCACUAUUCUUUUUUAACUUUUCAAUGUUAACUGUAAUUUUCUUUGUUUUAUCUCAAUUAAUCCAGCUAUUAUUUGUUUAGAUCAUCCUCGGUUAUAAGCAUAGUGUCAAGUAAUUCAUUGAAUGGGUCAAGCUCGGGGUGCAAGGUUUUUUUGGAGGGUGGGAUAUCAGAUAUAUUAUUUGUUAUUGGACUGAUUGCUUUCAAUAUUUUGUUUCCUCAAAUAAAGCUGGUAUUGGGGUUUCCUCUAUAA